AUGGGACGCACUUUGACACAAGUGUUCAGAGAUUAUCUGACCGAGUGGCGAAUUCAACAAAACCGCCUUGUCACCAAAGAAGGCCACUGCAACAUUGAGUAUUCCAAUAUAAGGUAUAAAAACUGGUUUGGUUUUAUACUAGACAUUUGGACCACCUUAGUUGAAAUCAACUGGACAUUUCUUAUGUUCUUUUUUGUGGCUUCAUUUAUUCUUAGCUGGUUUGUAUUUGCACUUUUCUGGUACUGGGUCGGUGGUACCAAUGGUGACUUGUGGUGGCAAAACCCGUCAGCUAACCACAGUGCAUGUGUGGUUAACGUCUAUGACCUUACCACUGCCUUUCUGUACUCACUGGAGACACAGACAUUUAUUGCUUAUGGCUAUCGAGCCAUUACCACAUUGUGCCCAGGUGCCGUUGCUGUCUAUGUUUUCCAGGUUAUCCUUGGUACAAUUAUUCCCUGCUUUUGGGGUGGAGUGGUAAUGGCGAAAAUCUCACUGCCAAAGAAAAGAGCCAAAGCAAUUAUAUUUAGCAAGAUGGCAGUCAUCUGCACUGAACAAGAUGGUUUGUGUCUAAAAAUACGAGUGGCCAACCUGCGCAAAUCCCUGAUGAUUGGAACUCAAAUAUAUGGCAAGUUUAUUAAGACGACAACCACAACUGAAGGAGAAACCAUCAUCAUGGAUCAGGUCAACAUUGAUUUCAGUGUAGAAACUGGGAAAGAAAACCUCUUCUUCAUCUCUCCAUUAACUCUCUACCAUGUGAUAGACAAAACAAGUCCAUUCUUUAAAAUGACAGUGGACACUUUUAGGAAUCAGGACUUUGAGCUUGUGGUGUUUAUGGACAGUGUUGCUGAAUACACCAGCUUCUCCUGCCAUGUGAGGACUUCCUACAUCCCUAAGGAGAUCAUUUGGGGCUACCAGUUCCUCCCUAUUAUCAUCUGCACCAAGGAGGGAAAGUAUUGUGUGGACUUUUCUAACUUUGCUAAAGUUACAAGCGUGGAAACCCCACACUGUGCUCAAUGCUUUCACAAUAAGAAUGCACACCAACACUCUGGACAUGGCAUGGACAAUGAGGGCUUUGACAGUGAUUUGUAA